ACUACAGAGAUGUGCACUUCGUGUCAAAACUGAAAUCUGAAGCCAGUGAAGGGCUAGUCCAUCUAAAUCGGUAAAGAUGUCGUCCACAAAUUCACCUCAGCUGCCCCUGUUUUCACCACCAGAAAAUCGGUUUUAUCCUGAUAAACUGAGGGAGAUGAUACUGAUGACAAAGUCCAGGCCUGUUGUCUUUUCUAACUUUAUUACAGACUGGCCAGCCAUGAAGUGGACGCUCCCUUAUUUGGCUUCAGUUCUUCAAAACCAAACCAUGUCAUGUCGACUAGGGCUAAAACAUGUGGACGAUGUGCAGUGGGAGACAGAGUGUGAUUAUGAGGACGUCAAUGUUGGUCAGUUUUCUGACUGGGUGUCUGGAAUUCCUCAGCCUGAUAAUCCCUUGGGGCAGUAUGACAGAGACAAACACUGGGGCUACAUGGAUUACAAGUAUAUGAAGGACAUGUUUUCAGCAAACCCCCACAUGCUUGAAGCUGUCAGUUGGAAACGGUUUGGAUUUGCUGGCCAGUCGGGUAAGGAUAGUACCAUCUGGCUGGGCAGUGAGCAUGCCUACACUGUGGGACAUUAUGACACUUAUGGCUGUAACCUGGUGGCACAGAUCUCUGGGAGAAAAAGAUGGAUUUUAUUUCCACCAGAGCAGACAGAUCACCUGUACCCAACACGAGUCCCUUUUGAAGAAUCCAGUGUCUUCAGUGAUGUCAACAUUACAAGACCAAACCUUCAAAAGUUUCCAAAAUUAAAGAAGACGACCCCAUACCUAGUAACCCUUGAGGCUGGGGAUGUAUUACUGGUGCCCAGACACUGGUGGCACUUUGUGCAGUGCCUAGAGCCAGCUGUCAGCAUUAACACAUGGAUAAAUCUGGAUGUUGACCAUGAGGCCAGAGUACAGGAGGCUCUAACACAGACCCUGGUCUGUGCUGUGCUUGCCAGCGACCCUAGGGAGGAGUCAAAGAUCCUCAACCCUAACCAGGAUUUUCUCUCACUGGAAGAAAAUAAGGAAGCAAUCAUUGGUGCCUUGAGAGAACAAAUGAAAGCUAAGAAGGAGCCUGGGGGUGUAAGAAGCCUGGGAAAGGACGAUUGCAGGUCUAACCCCCCCUCAGGGAAACUUCACACCAAUGUGAAAGCUAACAAGAGAAAAUGUGAUGUUGAACUAUCUACAGAAAGGAAAAGUUUAAAAUACAGUGUAAGUAACAGUUGUCAAGAGGGAUCAAAUAAAGAACUGCAUGAACAAAUACAUGUAGCUGACAAGGACACCAUAUGGAAGCAGCCAGAGGUAACACCCAUUGAACCUUCAAGCUUCCAGGAUUAUUUGACUUUGAUGAAGACUGAUCAGAUAGUAGGAGAGACGUCAGACUUCCCCACAACAAACCCUUAUAAACCUGAACCAGUAGCAGGCUGUGAUUCUUCUAGGCCCACACACAGCCCCCUAACACCGUUUAGUAUCUCAACCAGAACUUUGCUCAAUUGUUUUACUCAUCCGCGUGUGAUCUCUAUGGUUUCAGAUCUUCUCCAGGACAGUGUAGAUAUCAAUGUUUGAUAAUAUUUUAUUGUGGACAAAAAAAUAUUAACUGCUUUAUCACUGAUCAGUGUGAGCUAAAAAGGGUAAAGCACUAGAUUGCAGGGAUUGUCAGACUUGUGAUUAAUGAAGUGUGGUAGAAUCAAGCUAUCUCUGGUUUUAGGCAGUGGCAUUAUGCUGUGAUGUUUGUCGGGAAACUGGUGAAGGUUGCAGUUGGCGAGCACUCCGUUUCCCUUCACCCAUAAACCUGACCAUCGUCAUACAAAAUUCUUAUGUGCUGUGCCAGACACUGUUGAAA